AUGAAUAAUCUCUCGCAAAUGGUGAUCGCCGAGCAUUACCGACGGGGAAGAGAACUGUAUGUAAACAAUACAGUCCUCUCCCUUGUAAGCUCCUGCACACUGCUUUGUAUGGUUCUGCAUAGCAGAACCAUACAAAGCAGUGUGCUUAAAGUGAAGCACACGAACACAGCACAUUGUGAAACAGCACACAGUUAACCCAUUGAUCACCCCUCAUGUUAACCCCUUCCUGCCCAGUGUCAUUAGUACAGUGUCAGUGAUUUUUUUUUUUUUUAGCACUGAUCACUGUAUUGAUGUCACUGGGGAUGUCAGUAACACCAGGUUAGUUCCCCCCAGUGUUAGAAUGCCUGCCGCAGUCCCGCUAUAAGU